AAAUUGACAAUUAAAUUAACAAAUUCUAACAAGAGUUGGAAAAGGUUUAAUAGUUGGGCACAACCAAACAGGCCCUUCCGGCAGCAGAUCUUUUGAUUCACAACCAAAGACGUCUCUUCCGCCGCAGCCGCCAUUACAAAAUCUAUAUACAGGAAUUCUCAAUUCCGAGUUUCUGUGUGUGUGAAUUUCUCAACGCGAGCUAGAAAAAUUAAUCAUGGACAAGGGAAAAUCAGUGAUGGGUUCGGGCCGGCGAUGGGCCGUCGGAUUCACGGACAAUUCGGCGUCCCCUUCAUCGCGUGAUAUUCCUGAUCCGCCCGGCUUCACGCGGGCUUCCCAAGAUCAGGAUGAUUCGGCUGUGAGCAAGCAGAAGAAGGAUGCUGAGGCAAAUUGGAAAGCCCAGAAAGCAUGGGAGGUCGCACAAGCACCCUUUAAGAAUUUGAUGAUGAUGGGAUUCAUGAUGUGGAUGGCUGGAAGCACAGUUCAUCUAUUUAGCAUUGGCAUAACAUUUUCGGCUCUUCUACAGCCAGUCAACGCACUUCGGGGGGUUGGGAAAAUGUUUGAGCCUUACAAGGACAACAAAGUCGACCUUCUAGCACCUAAAUUAGUAUUCAUUGCCCUUAAUGUGGCAGCGUUAGGGCUGGGCAUCUGGAAGCUUAACACACUCGGUCUUCUUCCAACUCAUUUAUCAGAUUGGGUUUCGUCCUUGCCUCCACCACAGGAGGUCGAGUACUCCGGUGGAGGUAUCCCGCUUCACUAGCUUCUCCUCCAGUCGAAAAUAGGACUCGACAAGAGCCGUUGGAUUGAAGGGCAUGAUCUGAGGUGUAGGUGAAAUCCUCUACCUAUAGAAGUCAUAUUCAAACUGGAUUUUAUAGUCCCUCAAAAUCUGCAGUCAGGAAAAAAACAACUAGAAUAUUUCAGUUUAUUCUGGGAGGAAUUCUAGCAUCGCUUUUUUAUUUUUGAAUUUGGAUGAUGUAACAUAACUUGAUUAUUAGUUUUAUUUUAUUUUGUUUUAUUUUACCAA